AUGGUCAUCCUCGGUCUCCUGUCGACCAACGUUGCCGGGGGGCACGAAGCGGUCGGUCGCCUCGGGCUGGGUAUCGCGGGCCCCCAGUUCUUCAAAAGCACCGAGGCCCCCGCCUACCACGACGGCAUCGUGGCUAUGCUAUGUGGUUUCAUUUUGAACCUCGUCCUCAAUCAGGUCCUCAGGCUCAUCUACGCGGCGGAGAACAAGCGGCGGGACAGGCUGCUCGAGGGCAAGUCCGAGGGGGAGAUUGCGGACAUGCAAAGGGAGGGCGAGGUGCUGGGGUUCGAGGACGUGACGGACAAAGCCAACGUUCAUUGA